GGCGAAGCCCAUUGGCUAGUGGGGAUCAGAAGAGGGUCUAGAUGCAGAAUAUUUCCAGGGUAUCCGAGCAUACUGAAACAUUACAAGAAAGGUCAAUAAGUGCUGCACAGCAUCCGAACUGGAAAAAGUUCAGCAACAGGAAGGCAGUGAAAGAUAAAGAAGGUACCACCAAGAAAACUGUGUCAGUGAUUUCCCCUAAGAUGUUCUUGUCCCAAAGAAGCAGUCCCAGGGGAACGGAUUUGUAUACAACCUUUCAGGGGCCAACCUCUUACCAUGUUAUCCAGAUUUCGACCUUUGCCAACAGCACCUGGGCACAAAAUCAAGGCUCAGGCUGGUUGGAUGAUUUUCAGAUUCAUGGCUGGGAUAGUGACUCGGGCACUGCCAUUUUCCUGAAGCCCUGGUCCAAGGGCAACUUCAGUGAUGCGGAGUUGAUUGAGCUGGAGGACCUAUUCCGAGCCUACUACAUUGGAUUCACUCAGGAAGUGCAGGACUAUGCCAGUAAAUUCCAGAUUGAAUACCCCUUUGUGAUCCAGGGUAUAGCAGGUUGUGAGCUGCAUUCUGGGAAGUCCAUAAGAAGCUUUUUGAGGGGAGCUUUAGGAGGACUGGAUUUCGUGAGCAUUAAGAAUCAUUCAUGUGCACCUGCCCCAGAGGGCAGCAGCAGGGCGCAGCAGUUCUGUGCACUCAUCACUCAGUACCAAGACAUCAUGGGUAUCAUAGAGACGCUCCUCUCAGAAACCUGCCCUCGGUAUCUCCUUGGUGUCCUUGAUGCAGGGAAGACUGAACUACAGAGGCAAGUGAAGCCUGAGGCCUGGCUGUCCAGUGGCCCCAGUCCUGGGCCUGGCCGUCUGCUGCUGGUGUGCCAUGUCUCAGGAUUCUACCCAAAACCCGUGUGGGUGAUGUGGAUGAGGGGCGAGCGGGAGCAGUCUGGCACUCAGCAAGGAGAUGUCUUGCCCAAUGUUGACUGGACUUGGUAUCUCCAAGUAACCCUGAAUGUGACGGCUGGGGAGGAGACUGGCCUGAGUUGCCGAGUGAAGCACAGCAGUCUAGGAGACCAGGACAUCAUCCUCUACUGGGGUGAGUAA